AUGAUGGCCAAGAGCCGCCUGCCGACCAUCUUCAGCGUCAAUCAGGGCCGUACGAUUGUCGCGGCGAUGGACGGCUGCGAGAUGUGCAUCGACGCGCUGCGCGAUUUCGUGGAGGAGCGCAUGCGGAAGCACGACGACCGUUUGAUCGUGGCGCUCUAUCACAACCGCACGUCGUGGCGAUCCGCGCUCCGCGUCCCCCGAGCAGACUCCAUGAAGGACGGAGAGGACACGGACGGCAGUGACCGCGAGCAGGCGCUUAAAGAGCUCAUGACGGCCACGGGCGGAGCGGGCAGCGGGCACGGGCCGUCGGUGAGCAACGUGUCGACCAUCGGGACGGGCACGGCGGUGAUUGAUGAGGCCACGGCGCCCGUGCUGCUGAAACGCCUCAAGUGGGACGGCGACGCAAAACAAGCUCUCUCCCGCCUUGUGGGGGUGUCCAUUGAGAAAAAGGUGCGUUUCGAGGUGGCUCUUCUGGAUUCCAAGUCUGUGGCCAAUGCGGUUGUCAAUUUCUGCGACAUGAUCUCAGCAGAUGUGCUCGUGCUGGCCACGACACGUGGCAUCUCCAGGCACGAGCCAGCUCAGCAGAACACGAUCCAGAAGGAUUCCGCGCGAGAGCGCGUGGUGCGAUCGCGUCGCGUCGCGCUCGUAGCGGCCAUUCCGGUGGCACUCGUGGCGCUAAUCCUCUUCGUCUUCGUCCUCAUUCCCGCCUCCGACAACGACAACGGCUCCCCUACCCUAAUCGGCGCGCACGGCAGAUCCUCCGGCCAUGGCGGAAGCGCGCCGGAUCGCGACGGCUCGUCACGCGACGGAAGAAUAAGAAACAUGCGCGAGAAGGGGAAGUCGACGGCGAUUAAGAUGGUGGCGGGCGGUGAAAGUGGUACCAGUGGUGGUGGUGGUGGGGAGGGGGAAGGGGACACGUAUGCUGUUGUUGUUGACGCUGUGAACACGGAGAGCAGCAGCGUCCACGUGUACAGAUUUGAUUCGCGGAUGGAGCUGGGGGAGAUUCAGAAAGGGUUUGAAGUGGUGCAUUCGGUGAAACCCGGGUUGGGUGCUUACUGGGAUAAUGUCACAGCAGCAGCAAACAGCCUGCGACCGCUGAUGAAGAAGGCACUUAAAGCCGUGCCCGAGUUCACUCGACCAAUCACACCCAUUCUUGUCAGGGCCAUUGGAGGGCAGGGAUCGCUCCCAGGCGACCAAGCAGACAAGAUCCUUGCAGAGGUGAGGCUUGGGGCUCUGGGUUUUGGGCUCAGCCAGAUCCGCCAAUUGCUGACGGAGUACCCCUUCCCGUUCAGCCAUGGUGACAUCAGCAUGCUUGAUGACACUGAUGAGGGCUUCUUUGCCUGGACAGCUGUGAACCAUCUCCUGGGCAACCUGGGAAAGCACAAGGAAAAGCACCUGAAAAACCACCUGGAGUCAACAGUGGCAGUGGUGGACCUGGGGAAUACCAGCGUCCACGUGGCAUAUGCAGUUCCUGCUGACGUGGCGGAUAAGGUGCCAGCUGGACACGUGAGGAGACUGAGCGGUUUAGGAAGCACCCACCACGUCUAUGUGCGCAGCAUUCAGGGCUAUGGGCUGAUGGCAGGGAGAGCAAUGGUGCUGCGGGCAAGUAACGACACCCAGGCCCAUGCAUGCAUGCACAUGGGUGCUCAUGCCCUCUGCUCCAAGGCCACCCUCCAAGCACUCCAGGUGGCGGCAGCAGCAGCAACAGCAGAGGCAGCAGCAGAUGCGGCCACCACCGCCGCCAGCACUAAUACUGCUUCCCUCUCGGCCCGUGAUGCGGCUUAUGCUGACACCCAAGCGGGUACCCACCCGGCAUUCGGCCAUGCUUUGUCCAAUCCCAUGCUGAGGCCAACUUUUGAGUCGACUCAAGCGUCACCUGUGUGCCCUUAUGGUCGCUCGUGCUUGCUUCCUUCCGUGCUUGAUGGCAUGUGGGGUGCGCCCAGAGGAGGCAGAGGAGGGGAGGGCACACAGCGGCUGGUCAUCGCCUCCUCGGCUCUUUUUGACUCGGUGCGCCAGUUUGGGCUUAUCCCUCGCAGCAACUCCACCGCCGAAGCCACGGCAGCAACCAUCGCAGCACCCAUCACGGCUCAACACUUUGCUCGGAUAGCAGAGGAAACAUGCGGCGUUCCCCUGCAGGAAGUCACCAGGAAGUUUCCACUGUUGGACGGCCAGGAUGCGCCGUACGCCUGUCUAGAUGCAAGCUACCUCUUCCACCUCCUCACCUCGGGAUUAGGCAUACAACCCACAGACCCGCUCACGCCUAUGAGCCAGCUGCCUCACAACGCCCCAUCCAAGAACGCAGCAUGGCGCUAUGGUGCUGCUGUCAGCACAGCGAUGCAUGCUCAUGCCUAUGCUGUGUUCUGA